AUCAUUCAUCCACUUUUCUUCUCAUAGAUGACGAAAUGUGAAUCCAGCACCACCUCCCCACGCACCCCCUCUGUCCAGAAGCUGUCGAAAUGCCUUAUGGUCUCUGUGUAGCCAUGCGUUCGCAGCCACUCCCCCACACGCCCCUGAGCAAAGCUGCCCCUCAGCAGCACAUCCCACACCACAAAAUGGGUAAUCGGCAGCUGAGGCACUGCUGCUACUGUCCCGCUCGAUGUGUGUGGAAACCGCCCAGCCAGACACUCAGCCCACUCUGACCUUCCCUCACACGUUGCUACGGCGCCGUGGUGCGCAUCUGUUGUCAUAUUCAUGGCGCCAUUGACGAUGUGCUCGAGGGUCUCAAUGGGGUGGGUGUAGAAGGUAUCUCUCCAGUUGGCAGGGAGGCACUGUGGGUCGACGCGCGACGAGCAGUCGAGUAGGUGCAUGGCGAUGUCGGGCCGAUGGACGAAUGAGUUGAAGGGUGUGGCGUGGCAGGGCGUGAGGAACAACACCGACGGCCGGGGGGAGGGCGGCAGAGAGCGGAUGUAUCCCAUGACCUUCUCGGCGCCCUGCAUAACAUGACAGCACACGAAUAAAUAAAACAAACAGCACAUGAGAUAGAUAAGCCGUGUUUGUUAUUGUGUCUGUCCGUUUGAUUAGUUAGUCACCUGUUGGUGGACGAACGAGAAGAAGGCCGCGGCAAUGAUCUGGACCGCAAAGAUCACUGAGAGAGCCACACGCACCACCACCUUUCGCCACGAUCGCCCUCGCAUGACGGUCUGCGCCACAUGGGAAGUGUUCUUGUUUUCUUUGCCGUUGGCCUGAGAGCCCCUCUGCCGCUGCCUGAUGGAUGUUGCAUCGCCCCCACCAGCGACGGCCCUUGUGCCAGCGACGGCCCUUGUGGCAAUAUCAGUAUCUCCCGACGCCGCCACAGUAGCAUCAGCACGUGACCCUGGCUCCUCUGCCCAUUCCUCCAGCCGCACCAUGCUGAUUGCUGACCACAUGUAGAGGUACGGCAGGUAAGGCAUCAGGAAGCGAAACUCCUUGUGAGAUGCUGUCGACAAUGCGCCGAUGCUCAGCAAUACACCCAACACGAUGUCCCUCGAGAAGGACGAUGCUCCUUCGGCAGUAACGGCAAGCCAGGCGCCCACGAUGCAGAGCGGAUAGUAGGUCAGCAGCACCGCCCCUAGCCCAUCAGCGAGAUACCAGUAGGGUGGAUGCGUGCCAUAGAAUCGGCCUCCAUCCAGCUGCACAUUGAAGCGCCAGAAGUUGAGCAUUGGGAAGGUCAGUCGCCCGUAUAGCCUCGAGUCAACAUAGACCGACACACAGAGUCCACACACGCCCACCAGCAGCCCCUGGCCUAUGAACACAGCGAGGUCAGCAAAAGACCGCCACUUAUCCCUCUUGUCUGUAACCAUUUGGCUCCCCAGUCGCAGGGCGUGCGCACCAUAAAUGACCACCCACAUGACGGCUGCCGUCGGCCGAAUCACCACAGCCACAGCCGCACACAACAGACUCCCCAACAACGACACCUGUUUCCUCAUGCCAGCGGUGGCAUUGGCCGCCCUCAGCCACAUGUGCAUAGCAGCCGUCAUCAGAAAGACCUCCAGACAGUUUGAGAACGGCCGGGGGCCGCAGAAGAAAUCAAACCACCCCAGAGCACAGCACCAGAAGCACCAAUCGCCGACUCUCCGACCAAACAGCUGUUCACAAAUCCCCACAGUGAGGCAGUUGGUGACAGCGGCGAGGGCGCCCUGCAUGAGUCUUGGUGAGUAAGCCACGAUAAAGGGAGUGUCCAAUUGCAGCAGCUUGAGUGCGGCGAAGAGCAUGCUGAUGAGCAGCGGGUGCAGAUGGGAUCUGAGUGCGAUGCACGGCUCCCACUCCCAUGUGGUGUAGCCGUAGCCGAAUGUGAGGCGAUGGGCGACCUCAGGGCCCUGCCAGUGCUCAUCGGGGUUGAAGGACGUGCGCAGAACCAACGCAUUCACCACCCGUAGCGCCAGAAAGAAUGGCAAGGAUUGCAUCAAUCGGAUCUACGCAAGAUCAGCAUCGCAUCGCUACAUCCCAUCGCAUGCGAUGCUUGAGCCG